UUAUGGUGGUAAAAUGCACAUAAAAUUUACCAUUGUAACCAUGGUAAAUUGUACGGAUCAGUGGCAGUAAGUACAUUCGUCAUGUUGUGCAACAAUUACCACUGUCUGGUUCCAAAGCUUUUCAUCACCCCUAACAGGAACCUUGAGAAAGUUCUGUGUGCACUUAAGAAGAAUGUGUAUUCUGGUGCUUUUGGAUGGAAUGUUCUGUAAAUAUCUGUUAAGUUUAUUUGGUCUAUUUAAGGCUGAUGUUCUCUUAUUGAUUUUCUGUCUGGAUGCAAGUAGGGUAUUAAAGACCCCUAUUAUUAUUGUAUUUCUGUAUAUUUCUACCUUUAGGUCUGUUAAUGUUUGCUUUCUAUAUUUAGGUGCCGCUAUGUUGGGUGCAUGAAUAUUUACAAAUGUUAUAUCCUUUUGUUGGAAUGACCCCUUUAUCAUGAUGUAAUGCCCUUUUUUGAUUCUUAUUACAGUCUUUGUUUUAAACUCUGUUUUUUCUGGGGCACCUGGGUGGCUCCAUCCAUUGAACGACUGACUUUGGCUCAGGUCAUGAUCUCACAGUUCUCGAUUUCAGGCCCCACAUCGGGCUCACUGCUAUCAACACAGAGCCUGCUUUGGAUCCUCUGUCCCCAUCUCUCUGCCCUGCCCUGCUUGCACUCUCUCUCUCAAAAAUAAAUAAACAUUUUAAAAAAGUCUAUUUUUUCUGAUGUGUGUAUAGCUACCCCAACAUUCUUUUGGUUUCCAUUUGCAUGGAAGAUCUUUUUCUAUUCCUUCACUUUUAGUCUGUUUGUGCCUUUUACAUCUAAAGGAGUCUCAGGGCACCUGUGUAAUUAAGCAUCUGACUCUUGAUUUCUGUUCAGGUCAUGAUCUCAUGGUUUGUGGGAUCGAGCCUUGCACUGGGCUCUGCACUGACAGCAAGGAGCCUGCUUGGGAUUCUCUCUCUCCCUCUCUCUCUGCCCCUCCCCUGUUCUCUCUCUCUUUCUCUCAAAAUAAAUAAAUAAACAACAAAAAAAUGAAUCUUUUGGCCCUAGUCACUGACCCACCCCUGAGGACUCAGUGGCACCACCCUUGAGCCCCCUUGCUUCCCAGUGCUCUGUCCCGCGUGCCAACCUUCUCUCACCACCACCUUCCGUGGGCCGUUUCCACCAAGGAAAAGGGAUUGUAUCUUAUGUCUGUUAUCUGGAAUCUCCACUCUUUUGGCCCCUUUGCUGAUGCAAGUAAGGGUGAUAAUCUGUUUCCUGCUAAAGAUUAUAUCCAUAAGCAUUCAUCGGAGAAUAGCAGCAGAAAAAUCCAGGGGAUUGCUGAUGCUUAUGAUAAAAAGAAACUAGUGAAGGUCUUUAAGAAGAAAUUUGCCUGUAAUAGUACUAUAAUUGAGCAUCCAGAACAUGGAGAAGUAACUCAGCUACAGGGUGACCAGCACAAGGACGUAUGCCAAUUCAUAGAGAUUGGACUGGCUGAGGACGACCAGCUGAAGGUUCAUGGCUGUAAGUGCUUUUGGCUCACUGAAGCUUUAGUGAGGAUUUCCUCACAAUGAGUAGAAUUUCCCUUCUGUCCCUUGUCACCAGUUUAAAAAUCUCACAGCUUAUGUAAUGUAACCAUUUCGGAUCCACUUUUAACUUGGACUAGUGUUACUCCUUCAUGCAAUGAACUGAAAAGAGCUAAAAAGAAAAAAAAAAAAAAGACUGAAUCUCUUAUAGGCAGCAUAUAAAUGGGUCUUUUUUUU